AUGGACACAAACAAUGGAAGUUCCACUACGGAUUUCAUCCUGCUGGGGUUUUCUGAUCGACCCCAAUUGGAACGCAUCAUCUCUGGGCUUGUCUUCAUCUUCUAUAUUGUGACUCUGGUAGGAAACACAACCAUCAUUCUUGUAUCUUACCUAGACACCCAGCUCCAUACUCCCAUGUAUUUCUUCUUAUCCAAUUUGUCUUUUUUGGAUCUCUGCUAUGCAACUAGCAUUAUCCCCCAGAUGCUGGUAAAUCUAUGGGGUCCAACAAAGUCUAUUACCUAUGAAGGGUGUGUGCUCCAAUUCUUCUUUGCCCUUGACCUGGGAGCCACUGAAUGUCUUCUCUUGGCUGUGAUGGCCUAUGACCGCUAUGCUGCUGUCUGUCAACCUCUUCACUACACAGUGAUAAUGCACCCUCAGCUUUGCCAGAAGAUGGUGCUCACCGCCUGGUUAGGUGGCCUUGGCAGUGCCUUAAUUCUUUGCUCCCUGACUUUGAAAUUAUCAAGAUGUGGGCACCGAGAGGUGGAUAAUUUUUUUGAGAUGCCAGCAUUGAUCAAGAUGGCUUGUGUCUACUCAAAAGUAAUGGAGAUCAUUGUCUUUGCUCUUGGAGUGGUAUUUCUUCUAGCACCUCUAUCACUAAUUCUCAUCUCAUAUGCAGUUAUCACUCAGGCUGUCGUGAGGAUCAAAUCAGAAGCAAGGUGGCGUAAGGUCCUUAAUACAUGUGGCUCCCACCUCACAGUAGUAACUCUGUUUUAUGGAACAGCCAUUUACAUGUACAUGAAGCCACAGAGUAGCACAUCCCAAAAUGAGGGGAAGUUCCUUUCUCUCUUUUACACGAUCAUCACACCCACCCUCAACCCUCUGAUCUACACUUUAAGAAACAAAGAUGUGAAGAGUGCAGUAAAGAGAACACUACAUGUAGAAAAAUGGUCAGCCAAGUCAUGA